GCAAGAGCUAUUUCUCGAAGUAUUGAUGGUCUGGGCUGCUUAUAUCAAAAUAGUUUAUAUGUGAGGACAGAAUACGCAGAAUCUGACUCAACUUGUCGACAAUCAUGAAGAGAGGCAGGUCACCGUUAGUGGAGGAUGAAGGAGAAAGAAAGAAGACUGAUGUUGGCAUUAAGCUGAGUCAAAGGGAGCGGUCAAUCCACCCACCCACAACCUCGGCAGCCCGGGUCCAGUGGGGGCCAUACCUGGCGGAGAGGCAGUGGGGAACCGUCAGGGAGGACAGGUCUACAGACGGAAACUGCUGGUCAAGAGUGUCCCAUGAUGCUGCAGCAAGUACGGCCUAUAUGUCUGGUGAGGAUGGACUGUUUGGAGUGAGUGACCAGAACUGCAUCAUGUGUACAGCCGUCGCCCUGUGGAACCACAACGACCCCUGCCUCAAGGAGAGACUGUUUGGUCUUACGAAUCCACAAGGCAACCAUGGAGAAGAUGUAAAGGAGUUGUAUUACUAUCUUGACAACAACCCGAGACACACCUACAUGAAGGCCUUGUACAAGUACCCGCAACAGACCUUUCCUUAUGACCAGCUCAUUGCACAGAAUGCCAACAGAGGAACUGACCAACCAGAGUAUGAGCUUCUUGAUACAAGGGUGUUUGAGGAUGGCAGAUACUGGGAUGUGUACGUGGAGUAUGCUAAGAUGGCUGAAGAAGACCUCGUCUGCUGCGUGACGGUCAUCAACCAGGCGAAGACCACUGAGAAGAUCCUUGUCAUGCCACAGGUGUGGUUUAGGAAUACAUGGGAUGACUUGUCCAUUGAUGCGGCUGACAGCAAACCCUCCUUGAGUCUCACAGCAUCAGGAUCAGUACUUGCUUGCAGCCGCCUUCUAGGACAGUUUCAAGUUGACUUUCAUGCAGAUACUCCAAACUCAGGGGAGGUGUUGUUCUGCAACAACGAAACACGGCCUGGCACAGAACAACAUGGAACUGAAGGCCUAGAAACCAGAACAGACACACAACAGCAGAAUACUGAACAGUCACAGAACCAGGAACAGUGUACUGAACAGUCAGAGAUCCAGCAACAUAGUACUGAACAGUUGAAGACAAAUCAGCAGAGUACUGAACAGUUGAAUACUCGCCAAGACACACAACAGAAGACUGGACAAUCAGAGACCCAGCCUGAUGUACAACAGUGGAGUACUGAACACCUAGAUUCAGGCUUCUAUAAAGAUGCCUUUCACAGAUACAUCAUACAUGGUGGCAGUGCUGCUGUAAACCCUGGUCACUGCGGGAGUAAAUGUGCUGACCCCUACUGGCUGACGGUGCCCCCUGGUGGCGAAAAGAAGAUCUACUGGUCAAUACAAAAUUCCAAGUCUUAUUCGACUCUGAGUGUUUUGCAGAUGGACGAUAUCAUCAACAAGAGGAAGGCUGAAACGAAAAUAUUUUAUGCUAAACUGAUGUCCCCAAAGUGGAGUGAAGAGGAAGAAUCAGUAGCCCAGCAGGCUGUAGCAGGCCUCCUGUGGUCCAAGCAGUUCUACCUGUAUGAUGUGGAGAAGGCCAUUAACAGGUUGAGAGGUCAGGACGAGGCUGGUGCGACCUCUGAUGACGUACCAGAGAGGCGAGUGUGGAAUGAGGGCUGGCAGCAUAUCAACAACUCCGACAUCAUCGCUAUGCCAGACAAGUGGGAGUUUCCUUGGUAUGCCCCCUGGGACCUCGCCUUCCACGUGAUCACAUACAUCCGUGUUGACCUGGACUUCUGUCAGCAGCAGCUGGAGCUGUUUCUUAAAGACAGAUACAUGAAGGGCGAUGGGCAGCUUCCAGGAUGUGAGUUUAACCUCAGUGACCCCAACCCUCCCCUCCAUGCAUGGGCGUGUCUGGCUGUGUACAGAGCUGAUGAAGGUGAUGCUGAGGACUUCCUGAGCCGUUGCUACCGUCCCCUCACGAGAAACUUUGAAUGGUGGGUGGGCCGUCUCAGCCCAGACAACCUCUACACAGGCGGUGGCUUCUUGGGCUUGGACAACAUCAGUGUGAUUGACAGGUCCAACACACCCCCUGGGUACACGCUGACGCAGGCUGAUGGGUCAGCAUGGGUGGCACUCGCCGCUCUCAACAUGGCUGACAUAUCUCUCCACGUGGGAGUCAGUCAACCGAGCUGUUUCCACCAAUCAAAACACUUCUUAGAUAUCUUCCUACACAUCGCAGUGCAGAUGAAUCGCAGCGUUGAUGAUGGAGGCUUGUGGCAUCCCGGAGAUCAGUUCUACUAUGAUGUCCUGCAACAUGAGACAGAGCUGAUCCCCAUACGGCUCAAGUCACUCGUGGGUCUGGUGUCUCUGUUUGCUGCUGCUGUCAUCGACGUUCCUGCUGCUGCUGCAGCUGUUGCAGAGAGGCUGGAGAAAUGUACCGCCAAGGAAAAGGAGCACGUAUAUAAGAUGGAGGACAACAGGUACUAUCUGUCCCUCGUCCCCAAGUCUCGGCUGCAGCACAUCCUACAAGCUGUCUGUGAUCCUGACCUGUUUCUGUCUCCAUUUGGUGUCCGCUCAUUAGCAAAGGUCUACGAGAGAGAGCCAUACAGCCUGGUGCUGGAGCCUGACACCUCAGCCUACACAGUCCGAUACAACCCAGGGGAGUCCAACUCUGACAUGUUCGGUGGGAACAGCAACUGGAGAGGUCCAGUCUGGCUCUGCAUGAACUAUCUGAUAGUGGAGAGUCUGGACACAGCCAGUGAGGUGUAUGGAAACACUUACAGGAUAGAACAUCCCACUGGUUCUGGGCACAUGGCAUCGCUGGCAGAUGUUGCAGCAAAUGUUUCUGAACGUGUGGUGGCUCUGUUCCUGCCUGGUGCUGAUGGUGUUAGGCCUAUUCAUGGCAGCUACACACAGUACUACACACGGCCAGGGUGGAGACACCUGCUGCUGUUCUAUGAGUUCUUCCAUGCCGAGUCUGGCAGAGGCUGCGGAGCCAGCCAUCAGACAGGCUGGACGGCGCUUGUGCUGGAGUUCCUCUACAGAAAACAUGGCUGUAGACAAGCCCAUCAAGAUAAAGGGGUUAAUUCAUGACAACAGGAACUGAAAUGGCAGCAAUGUUGAAGUUGACAAGAAUC